UUUGUAGUGCAUCGAAACAAUGUAACGAAUUCAUGACAACCCGUAUAUUAGGUAUUUUUGAAAUAAUAAAAAUAGAACUAUAUGAGUAAUGUCGAAUCUAUACUGGAACAUAGUAAUAUCAAUAUAUAUUUUGUUGCUGAACAGCAAUUUCGUUGAUGCAAAUAUUGAAGACGGUCAGAAACUAGGCAGCAUCGAUGGCAAGCCAACAGACCCUCCUAAUCUUGUUUUGAACACGGAUGGACAGGUUCAUGAAAUACAUUCUAUAACAAACCAAAGCUACAACGUCGAACCAACUCUACUUUCUCCAGAACUCGCGGAAAAGAUUGACAAAGGGCUUAAUUCUUCAAAACUAACAGACGGUGAAGACGGUCAGGAAAUAGGCAGCAGCGAUGGCAAGCCAACAGACAAUCUUAAUCUUGUUUUGAACACGGAUGGACAGGUUCAUGACAUCAAUUCUCUAACAGACCAAAGCUAUGAUGAACCAACACUACUUUCUCCAGAAAUCGGGGAAGAGAUUGACAAAGUGCUUAAUUCUUCAAAAGUAACAGAUGCUGAAGAUGGUCAGGAAUUAGGCAACAGCGAUGGCAAGCCAACAUAUCCUUUUAAUCUUGAUACGAACCCAGACGGACAGGUUCAUGAAAUAAAUUAUUUAACAAACCAAAGCUACAAUGUCAAACCAACACUAAUUUCUUCAGAAAUCGCGGAAAUUAUAGACGUAAGUCUUGGUUCUCCAAACCGAACAGUGCAUUUCCAUCGAAUUAUAAAUGGACAAGAAUCACAUAUAGAGAAUCAUCCCUGGAUCGUUGCACUAACAGUUAAAUAUCAUCUCAAAUGCGGUGGCUGUCUUAUAAGUGCACAAUGGGUAGUAACAGCGGCACAUUGUAUUCCGAGUAAAAAUAAAAAAAAAUUGGAAAUCAGAGGUGGAAACGCUGAUCGUUUAAAGCCUACAGUUAGGAUGCAGAUAGACAAAAUAAUUAAACAUGAGAAAUUUACAUGGAAAAAGCCUCAUGAAUAUGAUAUAGCAGUUAUUAAGUUGAAAGGAAAAAUGCCUCUUUCAAAGAAGACGCAGCCCAUAAGAUUACCAAAACAAGGCGCUAGAGUACCACUAAACACAAUUGUUAGAGUUUCAGGUUGGGGAAGAACUAAGAAUAGUUUCAAAGCGUCGAAGAUUUUGAUGGAAACCGAACAGAAAAUUAUAGAUUAUAAGAAUGGACACCUUAUUUAUACUGACAGUACAAAAUCAGGAGCUAAUCUGGGCGAUUCGGGAGGUCCUUUAGAAUAUAAUGGCGUACUGUUGGGAAUUGUGUCUGGCGGUGAUGGUAGAAGGAAUCGAUUCAUAUACUACACGGAAAUCGCAUUCUUUCGUUCAUGGAUAAAAAGUAAAACUGGUGUAUAAUAUAGAUAUGAUAAUACUUCUUGCAUCCGUAAACCGUUAGUGGAAUUUGUAGGUAUUAAUUUACUGUUGUUUGUUCUAAUAAAAUAUGUUUAUAAACC